AUGUAAAUUUUUCGUCUGUUGUAGGGAUCACAGCUGAUGAGACAGAACUUGGUGGAUCAAUGGUGAGAAAGAGAUUACUAUCACCAUUAGAUGGUAUUCUUAUCCAGAAUCAUUGCAGUGGUGACCCUAUAGAUGGCGAAUUUCAAGUGAACCCUGGUCCUAGAGACAUUACCAUAUCACAAGAUUUAAGAAAGCAAACAUUGGAAGCAAAGACAAAUUUACAACUCAUAGAUGGUCUACAGCUAAUUGCUCAGAAAGGAAAGAUAAAAUGUAUGAUAUUAGUAAGUCGACCUUAAAUUUCCUUACAGAUGGGCCUUUACCAAAGGACACGAAAGUGGCACCUCCUACUUCUAUAUCUUCGGUAGAAUCAAGCAAGCUAAGGACCCAAACUGGGGAUAGAUCCAUAUCCUUGGAGAAAAUGGACUCAUCACAUUUUUUUUUGUCUCGUCUUGGUCCAAAUUUUUGUGGAAGCAUAAAAACCAUGGUAGGAUACAAUAAUUCUGUGAUAGAAAGGGAAAAGAAUGACCUAGAAUUUGGAAAUUCGGCGAAGCCAUUAAAUAGGGGAAUCUCCACUAUUCGGUCCCUUGUCCGAUGAAGAGAAAUAUAGGAGCACAAUAAAAUCUAUUGAAGAUCCUGAUAAUUUGCAUAGAGAUGGUGGGAAAAGUUGGCCUUCUUUCCAUGACUUGGAACCAAAAUCUUGCUGCAUCAAGUCAAUUAAAAGUUUCAAGGGAAUACCUAUAAGAAGAUCAUUAGUCGGUUCAUUUGAAGAAUCGCUCUUUCUGGUGUCUGUCAUGUGGGAAGCUCAAUCAGAAAAUUGAUGGUUUUCUGGCCAUACUAACCAUAACUGGUGGUAGUUUCUCACCAAGAUCGCAGAAACUUCCUUUUGCAGUUACAAGUAUUGAUGGAGAUAACUACUUAUUGUACUAUGCAUCCAUAGGACUUGGGAAGAAAGUUCAUUCAUCAAGCAACAAUUGUUAGGGUCCCGAAUUGGAAAAAGAACGUUGAUGCUGAUGAUUCACAAGAUGCUAAAAGUCGUAUGCGUAUCCCCAUGAAGGGCGCGUCCAGCUGGUUUUAAGUAACCCAGAAAAAACACCUAUCCACACCUUCUUCUGUUGCUAUGAUUUGAGUGACAUGCCUGCUGGUACCAAGACCUUCAUGAGGCAGAAGGUCACUCUAGAUUCAUCUCAGUCAACUCCAGUACCUGUGAGAAUCUCUGAGUUGAUGAAAUGUGAAACAAAUGCAGCAAGUGGAACGCGUGCAGCUGAUGAUGAAAAUAUGUUGAAUGAAAGGAAUUGUAAGAUGAAUACAAGUAGUAGUAUAACGGGUGAAUUAGUUUCAAAAAAGGAGUACAAUAAUGUUUCUUCUUCAAGUAAAGGUAGAGAUAUUGGCAAAAGAGAGAAGACAACGAGGACUGAAGAUGUUUGUUUGAAGGCAAAUGACAAUCAGAAUGGUGCGAGUGGCGGUGGUGUUUUACGUUAUGCCAUUCAUCUUCGUUUCAUAUGCCCUCCUACUACUAAUGUUCCUUUGACUAAGAAAAGCUUGAGAUCCAAAAAUGGAAGAGUGGAAACUACUACUACUAUUACAAGUGAUAGUAGUGAAGAAGGGGUACCGGAGGAGCGGAGAUUUUACAUGUACAAUGAUAUGAGGGUUGUAUUCCCACAACGCCAUUUUGAUGCCGAUGAGGGAAAGCUAAAGGUGGAAUGCGAUUACCCAGAGAAUCCAAAAUACUUUGAUAUUGGAAAAUAUUAUUGAGUAUGAGGAGGAGAAGAAAAUGUUGGAAGGUGUAAAUAUAGUAUUGGGUUUUAAUUUGGUAUGAAACGCUAGGGAAGUUGUUGGUAACAUAUAUAUGAUCCAUGGUGUUUUUUUUUGUUAGAGUUUUUGGAAAAACUGCAUGUAUUUUUAUUUUGAGAAAGGGUAAAAUGUUCACUAAUGAGAAAUUUUUGUU